CGCAAGAGCCGGGUAGUGUAGUACGCGACGUCACACUGAGCGGACCGUAAUGGCUGACACUGGAGACUGCUGGCAGGACGGCCCCGUCGACUAUCGCAGCUUCCAAGUCAACGGGUGGUACUUCUACCCCGUCAACCCCGGCAACACCUCCGCUCAAGACGGUGAAGGGCCGAGGAUCAUGUACUGCGUGAACCUGCCUGGAGGGGUCCUUGCCUACGUCCCUAAUGGCUUCGCAGCGAGACUCGUCCCCAUGUACACGGGCGGCAGCAGCAGCAGCUCUUGUGGGGGUCCUGAUGGUGCCUACUGUGGUGCAUUGUCUGGAUGGAUGCCGCAACUCAAUGGCUUGUAUCCCCUUGGUAUGGCCAAUUACGAGGAUAAUCCACAAGUCGGUUCUAUGAACUCUAAUGGCAUGUCUUCGAGCUGCACGCCUAGUUACGAAGUGAGGAAUGGAGUCACCUAUUUUAACAACUUUGGCUGCAAUACUAAUUGUCCUGCAAGCAACUUGGGCCCAAUGGCUUUCAACACCCCGUUCGACUUAAAUUCCAACUAUUUAGAAUCUAAUUGUCGAAACAUGUGCACUGACGUGUGUGAAGCUUACAUGAAGAUGCCAGCAGACACCACUGCAGACUAUGCAACAAAUGGCUUUGCCAACAUUACGGAAAUUGACACCCUGAUCUUUGAAGACAAAGAUGCUUGCAGCACAGGUAUCGUGGAAGCAAAACCUAUGAAUGGCAACUUUACCAUUGUCCCUAAUUUUGAUAAUGGCACAUGCACCGAUGUACAGAAUGUAAUAACGGAGGUUACACCAAACAUCAUAAAAGCUUCGCCAAACAGCUGCAUUAUAAUUGCCCCGAAGAGCACCAUUGUCCCGGCUGCCACUAGCAUAGUUAGUGAUGCCAACAAUAAUAUAACUUCUGAUUUCAAAACCAUUGCUAUUAACAUGCCAAAGAAUACCAGUGCUGGCCCUGAGGACGGUACCAGUGCUGGCCCCGAGGAUAGUACCAGUGCCAGGAACUUGACUUCGACGGGGGACAGCGCCUCCAGCACCAUUAACAGCUCAAACGCCACUUCUGGUCGGCCGUUGCGUUGGAAGUCCAAGUUUGCACCUAGGAAAAGGAACCAGAUGGUGGAUGGAGAGAGACGGGGCACAACUUGCCAAACGCUCUGCCCGCCCCCACCAGCACCUCCCACUAACUCGGCCAUCAACAAUGUUGCUGAUCACACACGGCUACAAAAGAAUCCUGUUAAUAAGCCAACCCAAGGGAACUUCUACAGAAGACCACCUAGGUGUGUGUUCUGCCGAAAGAAUGGAGAAGAGGAUUAUUUUCACUCUUUAAAGGAUAGGAGAGGACGCGUGAUGUGCCCAGUGUUGUCGUCGUACAAGUGCCGGCUGUGUGGGGCAACGGGCAUUCAUGCCCACACGCUCAAGUAUUGCCCCAGGAAUAUGUUAACCAAAGGAGACCCUGUGGCUGCUGGAUUUCCUCCUGGACUAAUGCCACCACAAUAUAUGCUGCAAAAUUUUAUGUGAAGUUAGACUGUUACUAUUAAGGUCUGGUCAACAUACUUCAGCCACGUUAUUGUGACAUCGCCUGCACAAGGUUUUAUCUGGUCAUGUGGCUUUUUUUGUCUUGAUGGCUUCAUGUGGCUUGUCAAGAUUGUGCACUUUUUUUAGUCCUGUAUUGUUUGGGUUUGAAAAAGCUGGUACAUGGUAUGCAAUGACCCUUGUGUAUAAAUCUUAAGUCACUAAUAUCAUAACUUGCAUUACUUAGCUUGGUUCUCAAAUGUCAAAAUUGUGUACCAUGCUUUAUAGUUGUGUAGUAAUAAACUAUAAUAAACCACCCCAUUAGCUUCUAAAGAUGACAGUAACUUGCAUAUUCAGCCAGUGAAAAAUGUUUAAACUGUAUAAUUAAUCACUUAGGAACUUGAUAUAUGAAAUUGUUAAAUAGCUUUGUUUAAAUUGGCUCUUGGCGAGUGCAUUAAAAAAUAAAAAAUAAAAAAAAUGCUUGAAAAAAAUGUAACAAAUUACCUUAAUGCUGAAAUCAAAUUACUGUUGCACAAAAGAUUGGUCCAAAGAACUACAAAAUUAUUGGGCUUUACUAGCUGUAAGGCUGCUUGGUCUGAUUAGGCCACUUCUAAACCUGUUGAUGCUCUAAACUACUUCCUCUUGGCAUUUUAAUGUUGCCAUCUUGUUAUCUGAGCUUAGAGACAACGUGUUAUAUCCAUAGUCUAGAUUUUCACGAAGGGGAGCAUCUGCUUUGAUUUUUUUUUUUCUGGAAAAGGAAAAAAAAAAUAGGCUACCUGUAUCUGCAUAGAUACUUAAAUUGUCAAACACUGAAGACAACUUGAAAAUAGUUUGAAAUUUGGAUUUAACUUGGCAAACAGUGACUAAGAUUCAGUGAAUUUACAACAACAAUCUUUUACCAUGACAUGCCUAUCAAUUUUAGGUUAAAGUUAAAAAUUCUUAACUUGCUGAAUAAAUUUUUAAAGGGUAGUCUGCAGCAGUACUUUAAUGGCAUUAGUUCUUUUAAAAACCAUACACAAGUUCAAACGUUUGUAAAUGGAGUAAGACAAGUUUUCAUGUGUAAUUGGCAUGGUCUUGCAGCGAACUCGGUGAAAUAUAUAGCGACAUUUUUUAUUAAUGUACUAUUCGGUAUCUUUAUUAGUGGUGCAAGUGUUUUAAUGUACUUUAUUUAAAAAUUAAACAUUUUGUGCUUGCAAAGUAUUGACAACUUUCACAAUGUAUUAAAGUAUAGAAUUAUGUACAUGGUUUUUUAAACUUUUUAACUGCACAGCUUGUACGUAUUUGCACCAAAGUUCCUAAUUUGGUACAAAAGUAGUAUUUUCAACUACAAGUUUCAAACUACUUGUGGUGAUGAGUACUUUGGUUUAAGAAUUUUAAGAUCGAGUAAUUUACAAUGAAUAUGUAAUGGUUAUAUAAAAUAACUUGCCUUUACAAAAUCUUGAAUAAAAUGAGAACCAUA